AUGGCGUUGUCGGAGCUGUGGCGCUUCGAUGCACCGCCACAAGCACGGGUCAAGGUCACACGCGAUGGCUUCGGUGUCUUGUUGCGACAGCCAUCGACCUGCGGUGCCACCCUGUAUGCCUUUGCGCCCAAGGUGCCUCAGCAGCUGCCCCUCCGCUCAGAUGCCCGUGGCAUGGAACGUGGUGAGGUUUCGUGGUCCACGGAUGGAAAGUACUUGGCCAGCACAGGGCUGGAGGGCAAGCUGCAGCUCCUGCGGAAAGAGGAGAAUGGCUACGUGGAGGUGGCCCUGUUGGAGCAUGGUGCCUGGGCGCGAGAUGGCGGAAUGGAGAUGUCAGCAGAGAAAAGGCUUUCGCCGCAUGCCGCAGCUAUGCUGGUCGCCUUCAGUGCAGCACCUGGCGCUGUGGCAGCGCCAGGAGCGCAGCUGGCGGCUGUGGCGAGGAGAUGUCGGGCGUGGUGA